AUGUCUGGCAGGCUAGAUCAAUCCCUCGAUUCCAUCAUUGAUAGCCAGAAGAAGCAGAAGCGCGAAGCUCGCCGUCGCAAAGUUGGAAAGCCACAAGCCACUGCUGCUCCUGUGGGAGGCGUCAAGAAGUCGACGAGGCCGGUCAAGUCGGCAAUCAAGCCCACUGCAGGUGCUCUCGCUCAAUCAAAGUCCAGCAAGAUCGUCGUUAGUGGUCUGCCACACGAUGUCAACGAAGCCCAGAUCAAGGUAUGUUGA